AAAGAAUAUAAUGAUGAGGAAUAUACUUCAGAAGAAUAUUAUGAAGAAGACGAAUAUAAAGUCUAUCUUAACACUAGGUUUGGACUUUACCCAAAGAAUGCUGUAUCAAAAAAUAAAAGAAAACCAGUAAAGUUUCAAAACCCACUUAAAAUAACUGUUGAAGAACUAGAAAUAGAAAAACCAACACCAGAACCUGUAAUCGAACCAGUUAAAACUGAAAAGCAUUAA